AUGGAAUUCGACGGAAACACUUUCAUAUUUGUGCUAAUACUUCUCUUCAUUUUUUUUUCAAGCCCAGGUGACGAUGGCGUUACAUCGCAGUAUGAGUUUAACCAGUUACAGUUACUUAAGGACCAGUAUCGAAGGGAAUAUCUUUCGUUUCAUAACAUGUCCUAUUCGACAAACUUUCAGAAUAUCACUGGGUUUAAGUUGAGUUAUUUAGAUGCCAAGCAGGAUCCGGAACGAAAAGCUUUAUACCCAAUAGAUGGUAAGAAGUAUGAUGAUUGGAAGGUAAAUGAUGAGUAUAUGACUAUUCCAGAUGAUGUUUUAGAAUUGAUAAAAUCAGACUUUUGGUCGGAAAAUGGAGUUUCUGAAUCAUUUCCUCCUAAUAUAACGGGGGCUUUACAUGGAGUUGUAGAACUUGUGUCUAAUAACAAGUACACCCUAAUCCCUAUGGGUAUUAACAAGUUUUACCAGCCUCCUACCGAUUUUGCACAGGAUAUGCCUGGUAAAGGUGAAUAUUAUCUGCGGAAUCCAGAAGAUAUGUCGCGAUAUGGUGAACUGCAUAAUGUUACAUUUCCAUCAGGAAUAGUGGAUAUAUCUAUCUCUCAUAUUGACAAGGUGCCUCCGGCAUGGAAGCGGUCGGAUAAUUCGAAGACAGCAAGGUUUAAUACGCAAGAAGAGAAGUGGAAGAUGUUACACUUGAAGCUGGAUUUUUAUGAUCAAGAAGAGCAUGAGAAACAUAAUAUAGAUAGUAAAGCUAUUUAUGAUGUACAAAGAGGUCGGAUACUCCUAAUGUCUGAAAGUGCAAAGUUCCAUUCAUUGUUCGCGUUUCCACAUUAUAUGACUUUAGAUACUGACGAAGACAGUUAUAAUUCAUUAACUAAAUUGAUUGAUGAAUAUUGGAAUGCUUCUGAUUAUCUUAAUACACUAUCGAUGGAUAAUUUACAGGAGUGGUAUGAAACUGCCAAUUACAAAUGUGAAUAUGUUGGAUAUUUCCAACUUAAACCUUGGGAUAAAUAUACAAAAGACCAAAUAGGUAUGAUUGAUGAUGAAUUAACCUGGCCUAUAGGUCGUCCAGUUAAUCUUUCAGAUGUUCCACCAAUUACAAUCUCCAAAGGUUUAUUAUACAGCCCGGAUUGCGGUGUACAAUUGAAGCUCCACGAUGUAAUAGGUCCUCGCUAUGAAGUCCAGGUAAGGUCCAUAAGGAAACACUUAUUGUUUGGAUGCUGUUUGUUUGCUGCUCAAAUAUAUUUGUUCCUUCUACAGAUGCAAUAUACAAAUACUCCAAGUUCCGUGAAUAGAAUUUCUUACUGGUGUUUAGCAAUGAUGAACCUUGUAGAUGGCUUACUUGCUGUUGUCUACUUUGUAGCUUCUGCAUUAUGGAAAGAACUAUACUUACCGUUAAGUAUAAGUUCAUUUGCAUGCUUUAUACUUGCAAGUGUUUUUGAAAUCAGAUACAUGAUUUCAGUUCAUGCAUCACAGAUUAAUGAACGGUCAGUUAACAUUUGGACACUUCUACGCAGUGGAGUUACUGAGAUUAGACCGCCGCUAACGGUUAUUCCGGAUGAGAGUGCUAUCAGUGGAAGUCUAUAUGGUAGAUUUUUCUUUACUUUAUUUGUUUCAAUGUUCGUUAUACUAAGCUCUUUAUCAUGGCCCAAAGGUAUUCGGACUGGUUUUGAAUACCUAUGUUUAAUUAUACUCAACUCAUAUUGGGUGCCUCAGAUAUUCAGGAAUGCUGUGAAGGGUAACCAACCAAGACCAUCAAGAGAUGGAGAAUUAUCAGAUUCUAAUAAUAGAAAUAAUAGCAAUAGAAUGCCACUCCUAUGGAAGUUUAUCAUAGGAACCACUAUAAUCAGGAUUGCACCCAUCGUAUAUGUGUUUACAUAUCCAUCCAACAUGUUCCGUCAUCAUAGAGAUAUUAGAUUUGCUGCGAUACUUUCUUUCUGGCUGUUGUUGCAAAUUCUAGUCUUAUACUCUCAGGAUAUUUUAGGCGCUCGUUGGUUCUUACCACGACAUACAAUCCCUGAAGGUUAUUCUUACCACAAGGCUAUGCUUUCAUCUGAUCUAUUAGAACAUGGUGCGACUGGAAAUUAUUGUAUUGACUGUGCUAUCUGCAUGUCCGAGGUGGCAAUUUACGUAGAGGACAUCCCUGAAACCCAUAAAACUAAUCCUAAUGAGUAUAUGGUAACACCUUGCGCACAUGUCUUCCACACAGAGUGCUUAGAGAAUUGGAUGAGCUAUAAAUUACAAUGCCCAGUCUGCAGAGCCCCAUUACCUCCAUUAUGA